UAACAAUUUCAUAGAAAACCCUAAAACUGAGAAAAGAGAGAGAGCUAGAGAGAGAAAGAUGGGAAGAGGCAAGAUUGAGAUAAAAAGAAUAGAGAACGCCAACAACAGAGUGGUGACGUUCUCAAAGAGGAGGAAUGGGUUGGUGAAGAAGGCUAAAGAGAUCACAGUUCUCUGCGAUGCAAAAGUUGCUCUCAUAGUCUUUGCAAGUAAUGGUAAGAUGACUGAUUAUUGUUGUCCGUCCAUGGAUCUUGGUGCUAUGUUGGACCAAUACCAGAAGUUAUCUGGCAAGAAACUUUGGGAUGCUAAGCAUGAGAACCUUAGCAAUGAGAUUGAUAUGAUCAAAAAAGAGAAUGAUAGCUUGCAACUGGAGCUCAGGCAUUUGAAGGGAGAAGAUAUACAAUCUCUCAACUUAAAAAACCUGAUGGCCGUAGAGCACGCCAUUGAACAUGGCCUUGACAAAGUCAGAGACCACCAGGCAUGUAUACAUUCAUACACGUUGGAGGAGAAUCGCCAACUCAGUUUCCAGCUGCAACAACAAGAGAUGGCUAUAGCUAGCAACGCAAGAGGAAUGAUGAUGAGAGAUCAAGAGGGGCAAUUUGAAUAUAGAGUUCAGCCGAUUCAACCAAAUCUUCAGGAAAAGAUAAUGUCUUUGGUCAUCGAUUGAUCAUCAAGAUUUGCAAGCUCAUAACCAAUCUACUAUCUAUUUCAUGGUUCUACAAUUUGUCUUGAUGAAUGUGCGUGUCCUAUUAAUCUCGAGCCACAUGUAGACUCUAUAUCGGACUUUUACUUGUGCUUUU